ACUACAGCUAUGCUGCCCGAUUCAACUUCAGCUCUUCUUCUACUAAUCGUCCUCCUCGUUCACCCCUCCCUUCCGACCUGUCGGAUCGGGACCCAAAGCGAGUGUGAUGCUGCUCCUUUUGUACCAGGCCACAACCUGGUGGGGGAAGGUUAUGAUAUAGUUACACUGCAAAGAAAAGGAGCUCAUGUGAUUGAUGUGAAGACUUAUCUGAGCCCCAGCAAAACCUGUAAACUCUGCACCAACCCUAUUCAAAGCCAUGCCUACCAAAAACGUCCAUAUUCUGUUGCUUCCUGGGGUGCCAGUCCAUGCAAUCCUGACAUCAUCAGCAGUUAUCACACCUCUGUUAGCUCUCUGAUUAAGACUUACACAUCCCAAGACACCAAUGAUUGGACGUUUGGCUUGGAAAUUGAAAAGGUUUUGUUUGACAACUUCGAUGUGGGAGGAACCGGCUCCAACGCCUACAAAUUCACUUCACAACAGAGCAAAGAGGACCGCUACACUUUCAGCACACACAGUGUCACCUGCAGCCAUUAUGAAUUUAUAUUAUCACCCACACCUCCCUUAAGCGUAGAGUUCAAAAAGCAGUUAGACAUCCUGCCAAGUCACUAUGACUCUUCUACUAAGAAUGAGUAUAGAAAUCUCAUAAACACCUAUGGCACACACUACUUCAGACUGGUUGAUCUUGGAGGGCGACUGAGACGACUGAUAUCUUCACGAAGCUGUUUGUCUUCCCUGGAUGGAUUAACCUCAAGUGAGAUCCACUCCUGUUUAUCUAUGGGUGUUGCUGUUGGCUUGGGGAAGUUGGAAAUCUCUAGUGUCCAGAAGUCUUGCAUUAGUGUCCUACAAAGCCAGGACUCUGCCACUAACUUCAGCUCUGGUCUUCACCAACACCACUCAGAGGUGUCAGGAGGAGAUGGUUGGUUGGGGGAGUUUUCAAUUUCCAAAAGUGAUUCCACAGCCUACAUGAACUGGCUAAAGAGCCUGAUAGAACAUCCAGAUGUUGUUUCGUUCUCCCUUCGACCUCUCUAUCAGCUCGUGCCAAGCAAACUUCAACAGGCAGGGAUGAAAGCUGCUAUUGAGGAGUAUUUGAAGGACAAUGCUGUGAAGAAAUCACUCCAAGAGCCAGACUGUGAGGGCUCUACUCUGUCGUCAAAAAUGGUAUAGAGUGGUGAGAUCUUUCCAGGUACAUGCAGACAACAGAUCAUAAAGGCUUGGGAGACAUAAGUAAUCUUGCAUUUUGAUUUACUGAUUGAUAAUAAAAUAUGUAUUCUUGUAUUUUGAUUUAUCAAUGAUUAUUAAAAUAAGGAUUUUUGUAUUUUGAUUUACUGAUGAUUAUACAAAGAGUUGAUGUAAUGAAAAGCAGAUCAAGAAAUGAAUAACAUGAUGAAUAAAUGGUGAAUAGAAUUAAAAACUCAGAUGAUUAUUAAAAGAAGUUAUGUUUGAAUAAUUAAAUCAGAAAGAUGAUUAUAUUAAUGAUUUAUGGUGAUCACACAGCAUACACAGAAUUGUAACUGAAGCAGUCAUAAAUUGUGUGAAGCAUAGUGACAUGUUGUUCUCAGACUGUGUUAUAAUUAGAGCAGGAGUCAGGGCCAGAGCUGAGCAGGAAAGCAGGGGAGCUCCAAAGAGGAACUGGAAUGUUUUCUUCGAAACUAGAUUAGAGAAGUGAAUCCAGAUGGUCAGCAGACAAACAACAAAAGGAGAAGUGAGCAAGACGUUGACUGCUGUGGGAAGGUUUGGUACUUUUCCACGAAGCCAUCAAAUGUUCGAGAAGUCACGUAAGCCAUCACGCCAUACAUAACUAUGGAAUGAGAGAGUAUAAAAACCCAUGAAAAGAGGAACAAAGUGUUCUUAGUUCCCGGUGCUGAAGUCAAGCUAACAAGAAGAUGCAGACAGAAGACCAGCAGAGGACCGCACCCUGGAACCACGGAGAAGCGAAGACUUUGCACUGCUAGGAGGGGGACAAGACCCAUCGACCCUCAACCCUGGUUCCUG